AUGGACCGGUCGCGGUCGCGAACGCGUUCUCAGAGCCCUCGCGACGGUUCGCGCACACAAUCACCCAGGCGCUCUCUCUCGGCACAGUCGCGGUCGCCUCGCGGAUCCAAGUCCCCUCGUUCGCAGUCCCGCUCACGCACACGCACCCGGUCCCUCACACCUAGGCGCAACGGGCGGAGGAGCAACACACCAGAUGACAGGUCAAGGACGCGGUCGCCGAAUGCAAGAGGGCGCAGCUAUACGCGUAGUCUCACUCCAAGAGAUGGCUCUCCUGCACCAAGGAGCGCAAAGGUUGUAGUCGAGGCACUGACAAGGAACGUCAAAGAAGACCACAUCCGCGAGAUAUUCGGAAAGUACGGAACAAUCAGGGACUUGAGAAUGCCCAUGAACCCAGUUUUCAACGUAAACCGAGGAACUGCCUACAUCAUGUACGAAGAAAUCGACGAGGCUGAGCGCGCGAUCGCAAAAAUGCACGAAGCACAGCUGGAUGGCGCAAAAAUUCAAGUAUCAAUCGUUCUACCGCGACGUCGCUUCUCACAGUCACCACCCCCAAGGCGCGGAGGACCGCUACCACGCUUCCAGGACGAUCACAAUGGGUAUGCAGGCGGAGGGCCACCUGGCGCGUACAGACCUCCUCCUAUGGGCGGUUACGGGGGCGGAAGAGGGCGCGGACGCUCCCCUUCACCACGAGGAGGCUGGCGAGGAAGGGGAAGAGGGAGAGGCAGAGGAGGACGUGGGGGAGGCGAUUUCGGAUACCGACCACGUUCGUACUCGAGGUCGAGAAGCAGGUCUCCACGAAGGAGCAUGUCACGAUCCUCAUACAGUCGGUCGCCGUCGAGGACACCGCGCCGCAGAGGAGGUGGUGGAGGCUUUGGCCGGAGAGACUCACCUCCGAGAAGAGGGGGGAGAGGUGGUGGCGGUGGUGGAGGCAGGAGGAGCCCGAGUUACGAUUCGUACGAUAGCCCACGAUCUCGUAGCCGGAGCGGAGAGCGCAGAUAG